UGUUUCUGUACAAGGAAAUAAUGUAUUUGAAUUAACUAUGCCACAAGAGAACUAACAGGUAUCUUAUGAUGCAUGGACAGAAAUAAAUACUGAUCAACAGUACAGAAACACACUGGUUCUGAGAAGAGGGUGGGGAGACUGAAUGGUCAAGGCUGCAAGUAAAGAAAGUGAGAGGCAAUGUGAAAUGCAUAUAGAAUUUAUUGCAAUUUAUUUAAUUAAAUCUUCUUAUGAAGUAAUUGCCUUUUUUUAAAAAAAUAAUGGUUUUGGCUUUAAGAAGAUUCAUAUUUCAGAUACUAUCUCCUAAUUAUGGUGCCACAGCACCAGUGAUGCACAGCCCUCACCUUUGUCAAAUGUCCAGAAGCAGGCUACCUCUCAAAAUGGUGGUAUCGGAUGUUGUUCACAGAGACUUCGGUGCUCUGCAACAGCCAUCAUCCACUCCCUCACGUUUCAUCAUAACACCAAAGAAAAGGAGCAGUCCUUAUGACUACUACAAGAAUGUGGUACACAGACGUAGUCAUACUCCGAGGAAUCAUCCUAUAGUGGAGGAAAUACAAAAGAAAUUUAAUUCAAUGUAUGGGCAUCAUUUCCAAAAUGCGACAUCAGAUACUUCUUGUGCUUCCACAUCUCUUGCACAUGAGUCUCCAAUGGAAACAGAUAGUACUGAACAAGAAAGCAGCAUACCAAAAUUUAGUAACUUCUACAAGGAAUAUUUGCAAAAACAGCAGUCAACACCUGAAGAAAUUAAAAUCUCGGAUUCUCGUCUGUAUUGUAAUACUGACAAGUAUACUUCAGAAGAAAAUGAAAUUGAAAAUGAUGAAAGGAAGAAGGAUGGUACAAACAAAGGACAUGGACACUUCAUGCUGGCAGAGAAUUUUCUACACACAAUUGAAGAAAGACAGUCAGUAAGCAAUAAAGAGAAUGACUCGCCACCAGAAUAUUCAAAAACUAAAUCUGACGAUGAAUGUUCAUCAAGUUCAAGUCAAGAGUACUGCUCACAGAAUGACAAUUUUUGCUUUUGUCCAUUGUUAGAAGGAAAGGAGGAUGGAGUGACUCCCAGCAGAGAUAAAAUGAUACCUAAAACCUGGACGGUCAAGCAUAAUUCUGCAACUGCUGAUAGCAAACGAACUGCUGGCGGUAAAAUUGAUGUUCUCAGUGAAAGCCCUGCCUCAGAUACAUCAGAAGAGGACAGUAACAUUUGGUUUGCUGAUGAAGACCACAAUGAAGAUUUAAAUUAGGGUGAUACAGCAGAGAUAUAAAUUGCAAACUGCUCUCUGUAAGACAUAAUGACAUCUGACAAAUUUAAAAAAGUGUUUAUUUCAGAUAAGUAUCUUGCUGAAUUAUAUUACUUUAAUGGUGACUGAGAAUAUGAAAGAAACAGUGAAAAUAGAUUGUAGGAAAUUAAGCUUUCUGAUGUUCAAUUUGAAGUCAUGAGCAAGAAUUAGCGUACACUGAGUGGAAGCUGAAGUAGCUUUAGUUGGAAACUCCAACUUUUUUUUGUCACAUUUCUUCAAGAAGCUUGGAAAAAGAUUUCUGUAACAAGCUAAAGCCAUCAAAUCCUAAUCUGUGCAUCAUGCUGAUUGGUUAUGACUUCAUGUUUGACGUAAACAAUUGCUUACAGUUCUUAUACCAGUUUGUACUGAUUAGGGUACAGUCUUCUUCAGUGAAGCGUGUUUAUAAAAGUUUUACUGAUUUCCUUGUAAGACAGAGAGAGUAUAUAGAGUAUAGUCACAGUAAACAGCCAGAGUAAAAUCCGUAUAAAAUAUGAUUAAAUAGUUGACAUAUGUGCUUUAUUAAAUGGGUAAUUUUGUGGAAGCAUAUUAAUGCAGAAUAAAUAAAGUCAAAAAUAUGUUGCCUUAGAAUAGGUAUUUUAUGGCUGUACAAGAACUGCCAGAUUUGCAAACAGAACAUGGUCAGUUUGCUAUAACAUACAGUAAAGGCACAAAUGAAGGCAGGAAAUCAAUAAUUUUCCUGGAACACAAAAAUUAUUGUUCUACCGAGACAAGAAAUAUUGCACUAUAAAAUGACUUUAUCUGUCAUUACGUAAUAUGUCAUAUGAAUGAAAGCUUUAGCUUCCUCACCAAAAGUACCAUAGUUAGAUACUUGCAAAAAGCAUUGCUAUAUUUAUUUCGAGUUUUUCA